CAAUGACUGGAGAGUGGAUUUUUGUGAAGUCUGGGCAAGGCGUGGCCCUUUGUAGUCAACUUAAGCGUAAGAGCUGGAAAGGGGUGGAAGCGAAACAAUAAAUAAACGAAUGGAAGAAGGGAGCUUCAACGAAGGAGAAGCUUUUUGUUCAAGUUUUGUUUUAGCGAUUGCCUUCAAGGGAAGGAAAGAAUCGGUUUGUUUGGUGCGGCGGAUUAGGCAGGCACUUUCUGAUAUGGAAGAGAGAAGAGAAGGGAAGAAGAGAAGGGAAGAGAAAGAAGCGAGCGAGUGGGAGGAAGAGGAGGAGAAGAAAGAAAGACUUGGAUAACAAGAAGGAAAAACCACCAAGAAAGUGGGAAGGAAGACUUUCAGGGAGGACGAGAAAGGAGUCGUGGCCCCGAGGUUUAGUUUAGUUUAGUUUAGUUUAGGUGUGGACCUGAG